ACGCCUGUCUCCCAUCGAAUCAUUUUGUGUUUGGCGCUUCACUGUGCGGCAUUCGACGCGCUUCAUUGGAGAAAGCACCCCGAAUGUCACCACUCAAGUCAUCGAUGGUCCGUUCGUUCGUAUCACUUGCUAUUGCGUUAUGUUUAUCGCGAGACUUUGCGGCAGCCCAACCCAAGCCACCUUCCAAGUCAGUCAAAGAAGCCUGUGCUCAGGAGAAGCCUGUCACGUGGAAAAAUGGACUACGAUAUGUGGAGCAGUUCCCCGCCAAUAUCCGAGAAAACUUCCUCAGAUGUCAUUCCACGACAGCUGCGGCCGCGAAACAGCACGACACGGAGAUGGACGCCUACCGGCUGGAAGCGCUCAAGGCGAUCCUCCCGAAAGGCACGCCUCCAAACAAGCUCGGCCCGACCGUGUGCGAGAUCACCAUGCUGCCACUGGAUGGCACGAACGAGGUCGUCAAGAGAAAAGCAAUCGUGACCACCUGCAUGGAGAAAGAACUCGAAACGAGGGGCCUUGACACACCUGGCCUGGACAUCAAGGACAUCCAAGCGAAGUGCCUCAAGUGCGCUUUCCCGAAGCUGUCCGAAGCCGACGCGCUGGCACGCUACAAGGACGUGGUGAAGAACUUCGAGAGCUACGAGGAAAACGCGGUGCGCGUCAAUUCAGAGCUCAAGGCUGCCAUGCGCUUCAUGAUAGACGAAGGACCGACUAAAGAGAUGAACGAUGCCGCCCGCACCGAGUGUCUAAAGACCAUGGCUCCAGGAGUCACUUCCGACAAGUACAUGUCGCACGUCGUGAGCUUGUUCAAGAAGGGAGACCUCGAAACGAAAAAAAAGAUUGAUGCCUGCACGUAUAAGAAUUCGCUCAAGGGAAAGUGGGUUCGUGCCAGGCAGACGAUGAUUCGUGAGUGCGCGCUGGAAGCACAGAACAAGCUGCCCGCCAACCUGAGAGGCGACCUGCAGUUUCUGUAUGCCUUGCAUCUCAACUCAACUGCCCUGGAAAUUUAUCUCUCUUGUGCGGAACGCGAAGAAGACACUAUAGUGGACGGGCCCGCUGGUGCCGGCGGUGCCGUGGACGUGUACUGCACGAACAACGGCGAGGCUCCUCGCAAGUGCCCCCAGUGCGCCUCCGAAGAGUACACCACCGUCGACGCAGCCAAGGUGGAGGCGACGGUGGAUGCCUGCUACAGCAAGAAAGAAGCCGCACAUCCGUUGUACAAGCAAUACACUACCUAUUUGGGACAGCUGAAGGCCAAGAAGAAGGCCAAGGGAAAAUGCCUGCAGGACAUGGAGGCAGCAGCGCAGAAGGGGGCGCCGGCAAGGGGUUGAACUGCUACUGGCUCGAGGAAAUAAAAUGGACUUGAAAAUAUA